AUGAAGUUCCUCUACGUAUUCCUCGUUAUCGCCUUGGCCAUCCAAUUGGCGGCUUCUGCAUCCAAUACCACUAGUACCCACAAGACUAAAGUAGUCGUGACCCGCAGAAAAACCGCACAUUAA